AUGACCAGUCACUACUACGACGUUUGUUCGGGUAUCGAAUCGGCUCUGUCGUUGUGGUUGUUGAUGAUGGGUAAAAUCUUUGCUACCAUUGCCAUCACUUUGGCCCUUGCCUCCUCUGCUUUUGCCGUCUGCCCUACCCCAGACUACCACCUCUGGCCACAGACAUGCUUCCAGUACACUCAUGCUGAGCCAACUUUUGAGCUCCGCAAUGCUGCCAUCUGGGCUGGCGUCACCCUCCAGAACACCGCCUCGCUCGCCAUUAUCACCCCAGUUGUUGAUGCCGCUGGUACCAACUCCUACACUCUCACCGCUGGCACCUAUCAAUUGCUGUCGAACGGUCCAGUCGGCGAGUCCACCUGCCCAGGCAUCAACUACAGCUUCACCGUCACUGCCAACAACCCAGUGGUCUCCUACGUCUCUGGCUGCCCAUCCAGCACCAAGUCCAGAAUCGUGAUUUCCAACCCAGGCUCAUUCACCCACAUCCGUAUCGACGGUGGUGCUCCAAUUGUCAUCUCUGGUGCCUCUGGUCUCCAGUCCCCAGGCGUCCACACCAUUGCCUACCUCCAGGGAUCUCCAUCCACCGUCCCAUCAUGCUGGGUCUACGCCACCGUCCCAACCGUCACCUGCUAA